UCUCUAACUUUUAUACCGAUCAAAUCUUCUAUAUUUCUUACCUUCUCUUUCUCUCUUCUCACCCUCUCUGUGGGUGGUUCCAAUUAUUACUAGUGUGGUGUAAAUGCAAUUUGUACUUGCUGUGUUGUGAGCAGAGGGUUUCAAAGAAGUGAGCAUGUCAGGGAUGGAGGAAGAAGCACCAGACGUUUUAUGCCAACUUGAAAACGUUCAAGGCUUAGUCGACGCACUCACUGCCGUUAGGUGGAAACGUCACCAAGACGCUGUAUUAGAGUUAUCCGAACACGGCAUCGUUUUGAUCGUCGAAGAAAGCGGUUGCCUUCAAGCCAAAGUUUAUCUCAAAAAAGAGAUAUUCAUUCGUUAUGAUUACAAUGCAGAAGGAAGACCUCGUUUUGGAGUGAGUUUAGGGCUUUUUGUUGAUUGUUUGAAUGCUUUCUCUGUUCCUGGUCACUCUAGCUUGAUUCAGAUUUGGUAUCCUGGUCCUGACAUGCAGGUUCUUCUCAAAUCCGUAGAUUCUCUGGAUGCGAGUAUUUGUGCAGAGAUCAGAACAAGGAUUCCUGAUACUAGUGCAUGGGACUACAAUUUUGAACCUGCUGGGACAAAUCCUUUAACCUUUACUGUUAAGUCUGCAGCACUAAAGGAAGCUAUUGAGGAUCUUGAAUGGCCGGGAUCAAGCAUCCAGAUAACUAUGGAGCCAGAUCCUCCUUCUGUUACGUUGAGAGCUGAAGGACAUGGGGACUUGCAAAUAGACUUCAUAUAUUGUGUGAAUUCUGAUCUCUUGGUAGCAUUUCAGUGCGAUCAUCGGGUUUCUUUCAAGUACAAAUAUAAGUUCCUCAGAGCAUCAACUUCUAAUAUGCCAAGUAGUGUUACUAAAGAAAAUAGAGGAAGCAAGUUAAGCAUUGGGAGAGGUGGAAUGUUAAAGGUGCAGCAUCUGGUUUCAAUUUCCAAACCAUCUGCCUCACACUCUCAUGUCGAUUCUGCAGGCUAUCAACAACCCAGUCGAAUAGCUCAUAUUGAAUUCUUUGUGAAACCAGAGGAAAGUGAAGACUAAAUGACUUAUAUUAGGUAAAUCAAGGAAAAUGUGUGCCUUAUCAAUUUCCAUACUUUGCUUUUCAAACCAUAUCUUGAAAUCUAACUUUUCCAUUACAAACUUAUCUACCAUUGUACUUUGAAUUUAGAAAGAAAGUGGAUGGAAAAAGGUGAAAGGAAAAAAAAUUAAAAGAAAGAAGUAAUAGAAAAUGACAUGAUUGUUUGUCGGUU